AAGUGGCGUCCGGGUUAGAAAGACGUAUGACCAAAGUUGUUUACAAAACAAAUAUGGAAGACGUGCAGCAAGAGGCAGACAAAAAGAAUUGUACUUUUUUAUUUAAAAAAAGGAAAAUACGAAGUAAAGUAUCAAGAAAGCGUAAAGGACUUGACGACAAUGAAAGUAGCGAAGAUGAAACUACGGUUGUUAAAAAAGAAAAAAAGUACGAUGACCGUAAUCCUAUGAGACAAAGUACAAACACAAAGCGAUAUCAUCACAAAUCUGUCAAUGACGACAGUAGCGAAGAUGAUAGUGUGACUGUUUCUUAUAAAAGCAACAGGACACCUAUGCCAGCAGGGCCAAGCGAUCAGGGAGCAACUGCCGUUUUGGAAACAGAAACUGAAAAGGACAAGGAUGCUCAAGCUUUAUUUGAGAAGGCUCAGAAGAUUAAUGAAGAGCUUGAAGGAAAAGAAGAUGAUAAAAUUUACAGAGGUCUUAAUAAUUAUGCACAGUAUUAUAAAAAAAGAGAUACUGCAGCAGGAAAUGCAUCCAGCGGUAUGGUUCGUAAAGGACCAAUCCGCGCUCCAGCUAAUCUCAGGGCAACUGUUAGAUGGGACUAUCAACCAGAUAUCUGCAAAGAUUAUAAAGAAACUGGAUUUUGUGGUUUUGGAGACAGUUGUAAAUUUCUUCACGAUCGUUCCGAUUAUAAACUUGGAUGGCAAUUAGAAAGAGAGGCAGCUACUGGAGAAUAUAACAACAGUGGAGACGAAGAUGACAAGAAAUAUGAAAUAGAUAGCGAUGAAGAAUCUUUGCCAUUUAAAUGUUUCAUUUGUAGAAACAGUUUCACUGAUCCAAUUGUUACAAAAUGUAAACACUAUUUCUGUGAAAAGUGUGCUUUAGAACAUUACAAGAAGACUACAAGGUGUUACAUUUGCAAUGUACAGACUAAUGGUGUUUUUAAUCCAGCUAAAGAGUUAAUUGCUCGAACUAAAUUAGAGGAAAAGGAAAAAAUUGUAGAGGAGGAUAGUAUGUCUGAUGAUUAAUGGGAAUAUAUAUAUAUAUAUAUAUAUAUAUAUAUAUAUAUAUAUAUAUAUAUACAUACGUACAUACAUACAUACAUACAUACGUACAUGUAUGCUUUUAAUAAGGAUUUUUAUGCGUAGUUAUAUCGCCUAUCCUCAUAAACAAAGUUUAAUAGCUAUAAAUUAAUAGUUAUAAAAGAAAUAUACGUCUCUCUGACAUAAAGUUUCAAAUAAUGAAUUAGCAUUCCAUGGUAAGAAACUUUUAUCCAAAUAAAAACUUCAGAAAAAAGUUUUAUUACUCAAAGGGGAUGCUUUUUAUUUAUCGUUGAUGCAUAUUAAAACGUGCAUAAAUAUUGUUAUUUUAACGUGUUAUUUUAACGAUUAUUUAAAUGAAUAGAUAUUCACAAAAAUCAAUCGAAUUGAAAAAAUAAUUUUCUACGAAAUAUGCAUAUCGUAUUCUGGCAGAAGGGCAAUAGCGACUUUCGGGUAAGUCGAAAUUAAACCUUUAGCGCAGAGCCAAAGACGAUGAUUCAUCCGUAUUCUAUGAAUUCAAGAUACUACUUGGCUCUCAACUAAAAACGAACAAUGCGGUGAAAACGCCUAGGAUUAUUUUGAAUGAUUUUGGAAAGUGGAAAAAGAAAUCGAUUUGUUAAUUGAUCAAGUAUAAAUUGGAAUAAAAUUGUUUUUGUUAAUUUGAAAUGAAAAUUGUCGAUAUAAUUAGAAUUAUUUCGAUGAACUUUCGAUCUUUUCGUAAAUUGUUGCUUGAACAUUGAACGGUGAGCCGUAGAGAGGGGAAAGCGUUGAGUUGACUGGUGGGGAUAACGGGAGGGCGCCAGAGUUCUCUCUCUUUCUCACUCACUCACUCACUCACUCUCUGUCUCUUUCUUACACAUUCACUCUCCGUCUCUUUCUUACACAUUCACUCUUUCCCCCUUGGACGGGCAGGAAGGUGAUCUCGUCGUUCUCGUAGGCGUAGCGUCAAAUCGAUACGCACGUAGUUUGUUGUUUCCUUCGUAGCGCGAAAAUGUCAGCGAGUCGAUCGCUUUUUACGGAGAAACGAAGAAUAAGCCAAAGUAUGCUGACAUCGUUGUAUCAUCGUGUUACGAUAUAAAAACUUGGAAGUUUUGCUCGUAGCUGUUAACAAAGGGAGAAAAGGGCUUUUUAUCUCUUUCCCUCUCUUUCUCUCUCUCUCUCUCUCUUUCCCCCUCUCUCUCUCUCUCUCUCUCUUUCUCUCUCUCUCUCUCUCUCUCUCUCUCUCUCUGUUUCUCUCUCCCCUUCUCGCAUUCGUAUAUAUCAUCCGUAUAUUAUCAGCAUUCUACCUACCCUUUCAUAAAUUAAUUCCCGAAAGAGACAAGGUGUAAAAAAGAAUGAAGUGAAAGAAGGAUAGUGUUAAGACAAGUGUUUAAACAAGAAAAGAUUGUAGAAAACGACGACGACGACGUACAAAAGAAAAAAAAAAAAAAGAAAA